AUGAAGAUUCUCCGCUACAAAAACUACUUGGAAAUGCUUGAAAGCCAACAUGAGGCUGAUGCUGUAAGUUAUGCUGACGUUAGAAUACAAUCAUUUGGGAAGUUUGUCAAGAAGUUGUUGUCCGACCGAACAGGAGUGACAGGAUUUCAAGGUAAUGAUGCCGAUCUCUAUCGACAUGAGGGUAUCCUUGCCUGCGAGCUAUUCAAAUGUCGACAGUUUCUUAGAAAAUUAAUUGCGUCAAAAUUGAACAUGCAAAAGUCAAAUCCUGCGUUUUAUAUACCCGAAGAGCUAGUACAGGCCAACUUCACGAACUAUGUCAGAUUCUUACUCAGUUUACCACUAACCCUUCCUGACUUCUUUGAUCAUUUGGACCCAGUCACUGCUUCGCACUACAGGUUUAAGUCUUCGAUCCAAGAAUUGAAGGACAAGCUCAAUUCAAUUGCACAAGAUGGGUUAGGCAACGAGACAUUAGUUCUUCCCGGGGCAGACGUCAUUGUGCAAGCAAUAACAAAGGUUUCCUACGAGUAUAUUCUAUUGGAGCAAUAUCAUAUAGAUGUCUUGGCCAAAAUGGGAAGCAAUUCCCUUCUAGAUCGUCGGAUUGUGAGGCUUCUUUUCAAUCUUUUUAACUUGAAUAUGAAGCUUGAUAAUACCGAGUCUUUGAAGAUUUUGAGUUUCAACAUUUUCUUUAGUGCACAAUACUCAUGGAAUCUAGCACUAACUAUUCCAUUUGUGAGGGUGUUUGAAUCCAAUAUCUUUGUCGAGGAUGACCUGAUGGUCUCCUCCGAGAUGUCCCUGUCAGAAUCACCAUUCAAGAAGCUGGAUGAAGAGCUAUACAAGAGUUAUUUCAAAGAACUCAAGUUCGAUACUUUCGAUAGUUUUAGUGCCCUGACGAAGGCAGAUCUUGUCAAAAUGCGUAAACGCCUAGAGGACUUGAAUACUUCCGGUGGCCAACUGGGUGUAAAAUCUCGCCACAAGCCUGAGAAUUUCGAGUAUCUUCGACAAAGUAUUUUUCAAAUCAAAUCUGAGACAUUUCAUGUUAUACAAUCACGAGACCUUUACUUGCAGCUUGAUCACACCAAUUACCAGACUGUACUUAGGCAGUUUCAUCGAAUACUCAAAAACGGAGGCAUACUCGAAUUACCAAUCCAUAUCCCGAAGUUAUCGCCGAGGUCUGCUACCAUGGUAUCCCGUUUCCCAACAACUUCUUCGGAUGAAAUUUACCUUCGCGACCAAGAGUUGUUGAAAGAUUUUGUCAACACCAUAGUGGGUGAAUUGAAUGGUAUAUUUGGAACUAAGAAUGUGAUGUUAGGCACUGUACUUAUAUCAGCAGACAGUAAAAUGAGUUCUUUUGUUUCCAAUCAUAUAUCACUAAGACUUCAUGACAUGUACGAGGAUAUCGAGUCCUUCUUAUCAUCAUUUGAUAAUCAGCACAGCGCGCAUAACCAUUUGGGUAAUUACUACUUUUACAUUCGCGCAGAGAAGAUAUGA